UUUGUCGGAUAAGCGAGCGUUGUAAAGAUAUUAUAAUAUACCACCAAAGAGGUUGUAUAGUGGCAUACCACAAAAAGUUUCAUUUUUGAACCUAAAUCAACAAUAAUUACAAUAACAAAAUAUGGCAUAUGCUAUUGCAGUCAUGCACCGGCUACCGGCAACAUCAAAACACAGAAUUUUAUGCCAUGGCGUGUCCAUCAACGUGUUAAUGGAUAAUCUAUUUUCAAAUCAACUGAAAAAGGUGCUGUCGUGCUUAUUAUUAAUGGUAAGCAUAUCAUUGUCGAGGUCAAGAUAUCCAGGUCGACCGGAUAUUGAUUAUUACGUUCCAGCGAGCUACGCUUACAAGUACGGCGUGCACGAUCCCGCCACGGGAGAUAUCAAACACCAAUCUGAAGAGCGGACUGGUGAUGUGGUUCGCGGUCAAUACAGUCUUGUGGAGCCCGACGGCACUGUACGAACCGUCGACUAUACAGCCGAUCCGGUCAAUGGUUUUAACGCAGUUGUUAGCAAGUCCGGUAAGCCCAAGAAACCUCGGUACGUCGUCAAGACCGUUCCCACCGUCACCGCCGCCGCUGUAGACAUCGUGGAAGAUCCGUACUCGGCCAGAGGACCAAUAACUUUCCCAAAGAAUGUACAGGAAGACUUUUCAAUCAGUGCACCGGUAUACCAGGAAUACUACGACGCAACAGCCAUUCGCCCUUACGAAAUCAACCCACGUUACAUAAAACACUCGAAUUAUUAUAAAGAAUAUUUAAAUUACUAAAUCAGAAACAUUGAACAUGUCUAUGGAAUUUUUCUGCUCCAAUCAAAAUGUUGACUAAAAAUAAUAAUAAUAUUAGUAUAAAGUAAUAUUUUAUCAUUACUCUUUAAUUUUAUCGUUAUUUUUAGUGAGUAUUAAAGAAUAUUGAGUUCGUUGUUUGAUCCCAUCAAUGCAAUUGUAUUCAAUACAUGCAUAAUCUUAAUGGGCCUACUAACACAAAUGUGUAAAAGGAUUUAUCCCGAACUCGCUUUCACAUUACAUUAUAAUAUAUUUGUUUCUACAUAUAACUAAAUAUAAUUUAAGAAUAAAUAAUUCUAAUAUUAUUAGUAAAAAUAAAAAUAUGAAAAGAGCUAAAUAAAAUAUAUUUCAAAUAUGGAA